AUGUCAGUUGUCACGUUGUCUUGUUGGCAAUCCGUUGUAGCUGAGCGUGUUCUAGCUAGCGAGACCUAUAUAUGCAUGUGUCAAGAGCGAUUCAAGGAAAAUGGGAAUGACGAAGAGGACCAAAGUCAUACUUGUGCCGCAGAGAAUGGGCAUAGUUUGGUCUCGUUUUUCCAUUUAAAUUCGUGUGAGGUUCACAUUGUUUCAGAAUGA